UGGAGCAGGGAUGCCUCUAGAAGUUGCUGGAUAAUAGCUCUUGAAGAUGGGAGUUGGAGAUCGUUGAUUUAGAUGAACUUCACAUCCCAAUUCAGAGUCACAUCACUGAGACAGUUCAGCAAAUCUGGCAACAUCCAACACCAGAAGAUGCUACAAUGUGCAAGAGUGGUUAUGUCUGAACUGUCAGAUGCAGAGAGCACUGGGGAUGGAUAUGACCACACCACGCUCCAAGAGUCAGCAACAGAUUCACUCUCCUUCUCAUCCAACCCAGCCUGAGUCCAAACCUGAUGCUACCAAACAGCCUGCACCUCAGCCUCAACCAAGUCCUCAGAAACAGCCCAUAGCUCAGGCCUAUUCAGCACCUGCCUCUACCAAACAGCCUGUUACAGGCGGUCCCAGUCAUCAACAACCCAAACUGCCUCCAGGGGCGGUCCCUCUCCCUGGGAUGGCCAAGGCCCCAUCCCAGCCAGACCUCUCUCGAGGCUCGCCUGCCCACCAGCCCCAACACCCCCGCCAAGAUCAGACUCGCAGUGCAGGAAGCUCCCCAUCACGACAACCCCCACCCCCAGAGCAGACAUUUGGAAAGCUGUUUGGCUUUGGUGCCUCCCUUCUAAACCAGGCCAGCACUCUCAUAUCUGAGACCACUCAACCCCAGCAACAACAACAGCCCCCAAAACCAGCUCCCAAACCUGGGGGGGCACCUGGUCCAGGACCUGGAGCAGCUAAGUCUUCAGGACAGCCUGCACAACAAGGGCCACAAGCACCACCUCAGCAACAACGGCAUGCUCCCCCUGAGUCUUCUAAGCCCAAAGCCUCCUGUCCUGUCUGUAAGACCAACCUUAACAUUGGUAAUGCGGCCGAGGAACCCAACUACAACACUUGCACACAGUGCCACUCCCAGGUGUGCAACAUGUGUGGAUUCAAUCCCACUCCACACCUACUUGAAAAGAAAGAAUGGCUCUGCUUAAACUGCCAAACACAGCGGGCUCUGUCAGGAAGCUUGGGAGAUACUCCACCUCCUGUAGCCCCCUCCAUGGGCUCUCCUUGGGCACCUAAUCCAUCCAAACAGCAAACACCUCAGCAGAAAGCACCCAGUCAAGUUCCAGGGCCUAGAACCACAGGUCCUCAACAACAGAAAUCUGCGGGUCCCCAAGUAAGUGGCCCUCCCUCUAAUGUAAAACAUGUUGGGCCUGCUCCUCAAUUGAAAGGGCUCAGCCAAGCCCCCCCUCAAACCAAGGGUUCUGCUCAGCCUCCCUCCCAACCUUCAUCUCAGAGUAAGGGACCAGCUCAAAUUAAAGGUCCUAGCCAGUCACAUGCUCAAAGUAAGGCCCCUGCACAGCCUGCUAACCAAGUGAAGGGCCCAAGUCAGGCCAAAGGGCCGACUCAGACAAAAGGAUCUGCUCAGCCCUCUGCUCAGACUAAGGGCCCUUCUCAUCCUUCUGGUGCCAAGGCUUCAUCUAGCUCUGGUAAAGCUGCUCCUAACCAUAACAAGGCUCCUACACCCUCAAAACCAGUUCCUACUCAGUCUAAACCCACAGGUAACAACCUGACCCGCAAACAACCGCAAAGCCAGGAGAAGACUAAAGUUGCAUCUAAAUCUCUAAAGGAAGAUGCCAAAGUCUCACCAAAGAAGAUUUUGUCAGAGACUGUGACUUCUUCACACGAGAUCAAGAUAGCAGAAGAAGAAAAGAAGUCAAGACACCAUGAAGACUCCAAUAAAUCAAGUACACAGAGCUUAAGUGACACUGGAUACUCUUCAGAUGGGAUCUCCAGCUACCAAGGGGAGAUUAUAGGUCAGAUCCGGGAAGAGAAAAUCAAGCUUAAUGAAAGAGGUGCUUCCAUCCCUUCAGACAUCAACAAAUUAGAGAGCUCUAUGAAACCUCUGCUCGAAUCAAAGACUGCCUCAGACUCAAAACAUAGACCGCAUUCACUUUCUGUGGGGCAAGAGCGAGACUACAGUCCUGAUGAAGAAACAGCAAGGGACGAGUCAGAGGAUGACCUCAGUUGUAAACUUCGCCAUGAUUAUGUGGAAGACAGCAGUGAAAGUGGUCUGUCACCAUUGCCAAUACGACAAAAGAAGUCCCACAAAGAUUUAACAGAUGAAGAAUACAUGAGGAGGCAGAUUAUGGAGAUGAGUGCUGAUGAAGAAGAAUUAGAAGAAUAUGGAAACCAGAAAACCAAAAAGACGCAUAAAACCAGUGGAGAUUCAGGCAAAGAGAGAAAGCGACUCUCUCAUCAGUCAAAUAGUUUUGAAGAAGACAAAAAAGCAUCUGAGGGUGCUUAUAAGGCAAAUGAAGAGGAAGAUGUUGUUAUGGCUGGAGGCCUUCGGCGUUUUAAGACUAUUGAGCUGAAUAACACAAACAGCUACAACCGGGACAUUGAGCUCAGUAAUGAGCAUGACCUACGAGAACCGGAGCUCGAAAUGGAGAGUCUGACUGGCUCACCAGAGGAGAGAUCCAAGGGCGAUUAUUCAUCCACUCUACCUGCCACAACUCCUAGCUACACUUCUGGAACAUCACCCACCUCUGUGUCAUCUAUGGAGGAUGACAGUGACAGCAGUCCUAGUAGAAGAGCACGACUUGAAGAGGCUAAGCAGCAAAGGAAAGCUCGACAUCGGUCCCAUGGGCCUCUGCUCCCCACAAUUGAAGACUCCUCUGAGGAGGAUGAGCUCAGAGAGGAAGAAGAAUUGCUAAGAGAACAGGAGCAAAUGAGAGAUCUGGAGCAACAGAGAAUUCGAAGUACUGCUCGGAAAACAAAAAGAGAUAAAGAAGAGCUGCGGGCACAGAGGCGCAGAGAAAGGUCUAAAACUCCCCCCAGUAACCUUUCCCCUAUUGAGGAUGCAUCACCAACAGAGGAGUUGAGACAAGCUGCAGAGAUGGAAGAGCUUCAUAGAUCAUCUUGCUCUGAAUACUCACCUUCUAUGGACUCAGAAGCAGAAGGUUUUGAGAUGAUUGGUGGAAAGCUUUACAAAUCAGGAAAUGAAUUUAACCUUCCAACCUUCACGUCACUCUAUUCACCAACAGAGAAGGCAUCAACAAUGUCACCAUCUGAUAAAACCUUAAAAAGUGCAGAAGAGGUAUAUGAAGAGAUGAUGAGGAAAGCACAACUCAUGCAGAAGCAGGGACAAAAAUGUGCCUCUCAGCCAGAAACUGGCCAUCAUCUUGAUGCUGGAACCUCCCUAACCCCUGGCUCCAGCCCGACACAAGUUACUGCACCAAUGACCUUCUCCCCAUCAGGCAGUGAUUCAAGAAUGGCAGGCAUGCAUGGUGCACAGCAUCUAUCAAAAGAAACACAAAACAGAAUGAUGACACAGAGUGCCAAAAUUGAAGGCGUUGUUGGCGUUGCCACUACCAAAGCUCAAAUUACUCAGGCAGUUUCAGCUCGGCAGGCGGGAAACGCAAUGCCUGUUGGGAACAGAGCAGGCCCCCAGAGGCCAACACAAGCAACACCUGACCCUGGAUCAUCCUCUUUGACAUCCAAAGUCUUUUCACUUUUUAAAGGACCCAGCCCCCCAGUCUCCCCCUCUACUUCUCCAACACAAAGUCCAACACAUGCAGCAUCUGUUCGACCCACAAGCGGUAGCGGUAGACAGCUACCAUCAUUGCCUUCUGGUGCCACAACAGCUCCAGCAUCCCAUGGUGCACAGCCACCUCAAAGGACAAUGUCACCUCGUCUUGUACGACAGCAGUCAUCACAAGAUUCGCCUGUGAUGGUUAUAACACUAGGCUCUGAAAAGUCCAGCCCUGCCAAGCCAAUUACUGUAAACUCAUCCACUUCCCCCUUAUCAUCACCGACACAGGCCAGUUGUAAGACCCUGUAUAGCUCACAGCCUCCUUCAGCAACUUCCCCAACAUCACCUCAAAUGCAUUCAUCUCAACAGCUACAACAUUCUUCACAAAUCAGGCAGAAUAUUGAAAAAGUCAAUGUUGGUGUCAGUGCUGGGACCACAAGUGCGCAAAGUCAUGAUUCAAAGGUCAUGGGCCAAAGUCAAACACAGCAAGACACAAAUGUUGUAGAUCUGAGAGCUCCUAUGAGACCAGCUCCAAUUAUUAUGACAGAUCAAGGAAUGGAUCUAACAUCCCUUGCUUCUGACACUAGAAGAUACUCUUUAGGAGCAGAGCAGUCAUCGAGUAGACACACAGCAGUGCAGCCUCUUAUUAUGAACCUAAACGCACAAGAGCAACCGCAUGUUUCUGUAUCAACCCCAACAACAGUAAGUGUCACUGUUGCAGGGUCAAUGUUUAUGUCUCAACCCAAACAACCUGUUGUAUAUGGAGACCCAUUACAGAAUCGUGUGGAUCUGGGUCAGGGCGUUGGAUCAGCUGUUUGUUUAACCCAAAGUAAAGCACAAAUUACUGAUCCAUCCAUACCCAAAAUUGAUGCCUGUCUGGAAAAUCUUGGCAUACAGCAGCAGCAACUGCAGCUACAGCAGCAGAAGCUCCUGCAGCAGCAGCAACUUCUUGAACAACAGCUCCAGCAGCACCAACAGCAGUCCUCUUUUGCUCGUUACAAUUUAGCCAAUCAAGUACAGCCACUGCUGAUGAAAAAAGAUAUUGUAGUGACCCAGACAGGCAUUGGCCAACCUGUGGUGACUGCUAGUGCCAUACCUAGAGUGUCUCCUCUCGCUCCACCAUCAGCAUCUGGGGCUCUUACUUCCAAUGUACCACUUGAAAUGUAUGGUGGAGUUGCCUUAGAGUUAAAAAAUAAGCCGACUGUUAUGAACCUUUCAACAGGGAAACCCCAUGUUAUGAUGGUACAUAUUGAUGAGAGUAACACAUCAAGAAGUGGCGCACUGACUCAGUUGGUCAAGCGAGAGGAGCAGCCCCCUGCACCACCACCCCCCCCUCCUCCUCAGGUUUUGGAUCUAACUGGACAGCUUAAACAAGAAAACCAAGUGGCUUGUUGUGAUGUUGUUUACAAACUGCCCUUUGCUGGUACCUGUUCAGGGACAUUCUCUCAAAAGCCAACUACAGUGUCCUCAGAUAAAAAUACCACCACCGAAACUUCUCAAGCAACACACCCUCCUCAACCCCCGCACUACAUUGUUAGCCAGCAGCAACAAACACAACACCAGCCUCAAGUUACGCAAGGACUACAUGAAGAACACAAACUAUAUCCACCAGCUAUGGCCUCUCCAGGGAGAUUACAACCCUCUAUGUCUGAUACUAAUCUCCCUUCGAUGACUGAUGCUGGUCCCUAUCAGAAUAAUCUUCAAGGGGGUCUGGCUGUAGAUCUAAGCAGUAUGAAUCAAGGUUAUGAUGGUGGAUAUCUUGGCUUGGGGGCACAAUAUGGAUCUUACACAGACUUGCGUCACCAGGGGGAUUUUGCAGGGCCUUCAUUACCCCUUCGUCGAUAUGGCUCCAUGUCAAAUAUAAACUCUGAUUAUGCCAGUGGUUCACGUGAUCUGACAGGAUCACAGGACUCCAAUUUGGCUCAGUACAGUGCCACUACUGCUAGGGAGAUCAGUCGUAUGUGUGCAGCCCUUAACACUGUCGACCAGUUUGGAAGCCGUUUUGGAAAUAACCCUGAACUGGCAGCAUAUGGGGCUGGAAGAGGAGGACCUUUAGCCAGGUUAAAUCUCCAGCAAAGUUUGGCAUCAAUAAGGGCAAAUUUGCUUUAUGGGCCAGAUAAUAGACAAGCUGUGAAUGGCCAAGCCCUGACAAAUCUAAUCAAUGCGAGACAAGCAAGUAUACGCGCCUUGUACCCUACUGCUAUGAGAGGUGGUGAUGGCAUGAUAUAUUCCACCAUAAACACUCCCAUAGCUUCAACCUUGCCAAUUACUACACAGCCUGCCCCAGUCAUCCGUCCCAUGCCUAGAGGAAUUUACAGACCCUAUCCUACAGGUGUAACUGCUGUACCUUUGGCUAGUCUCACCAGAUUGCCUCCAGUGACUCCCAGAAUGCCUCUGUCCACACAAGGACCAUAUUCCUAUCCCCCUCCAAGCCAGUAUCUUUCAUCUGUCACACCAACAGGAAGUGUUGCAGAUAUAAGCACCUCCCACCAGGAAAUGCCAGUGUACCUUGGGAAGCCUUUAACAACAAUAUCUGGUCCAACAGCUGCCACCGUUCCCCCAACACCACCAGCAGCACACUCAGGAGUACAAAGUGUACCUGCACCUGGUAUACAAACUACAACAGAACAGCAAAUAGACCGAUCUCAGUUUACUUCACAAAGUAUUGCAUCUAUCUCUCAAGUUCAAGGCCAACCUUCACCUGCCCAACAAGUGCAGGCUCAAAUACAGACUCAGCAAUUACCUACCCAGACGGAACCUUUAUCUUUGACUCAAACCCAACUUCAAACACAACCCGUCUGUCAGCUUCAGUCAGUAGUUAUCUCUCAAGGCCAGACACAAGCUGAAACUACCCAAUCACCAAGUUCCAAACUAUCCCCUCCCACUGAUGCACAAAAAAACAAGGAAGAAGAGAAACUCAAUCAGCAACAAGAACAACUGUUGCAGCUAGAGAGAGAACGGGUUGAAUUAGAAAAACUAAGGCAGUUGCGCCUUCAAGAGGAGCUAGAAAGAGAUCGUAUGGAGCUCCAGCGUCACAGAGAAAAAGAGCAAUUGCUUGUUCAACGUGAGAUCCAAGAACUGCAUACAAUCAAACACCACGUCCUACAACAACAACAAGCUGAGAGGGAGACACAGCUUAUAAUGCAAAGAGAACAGUUGGCUCAGCAAAGAAUGCAGCUUGAACAAAUUCAGACUCUGCAGCAGCAGCUUCAGCAGCAACUGGAGGAGCAGAAAAGGCAAAAGACAGCAGCAGUUGAAGCAGCAGCAUCAGCUGCAGCCGUGGCUGCAGCAACAUCAACCCAGAGUGGUAUCCAAGGCGUAGUUGUUGGAGCAGGGGCCCCUCAAGGGUUUAUAAUCUGUGAUCAGACUGGUAGAGUCCUUCAGCAAGAUGGGCAGAGUGUGCAGUUUUGGCAGGAUGGACAAGUUGUCCAAGCAGUGGUGGCUGCUCGACCCAUACAUAGCUCUACCUCUGAAAUGUCUUUGAGAAGCAGUGACAAACAGGGUGAUUCUAAGAUUAUGAAAAAGCAGAAUUCCAUGCCUCGGUUGAGGGAUGGUUCAGAGGAGGACUCUGUCAAAAGAAUUAUAGACAGCUGUGUGCAAACAGAUGAUGAGGAUGGUGAAGAAAGGUACAUGAAUAGACGUAGGAGAACGAGGCGUAUUGCAGACUGCAGUGUACAGACUGAUGAGGAAGACCAGGGAGAAUGGGACCAACAGCCGGUAAGACGCAGACGGUCUCGUGUGUCCAAGCAUUCUGAAUCUAGUGGGGAGGCCAAAUCUGAUGGCACUUCCAAAGUGGUUUCUACAAGUAUAGCUAUUCAGACCACUAAUGACUCGUCAUGUCAAACAGAGUCAGACCUUCUUGGCAGAGUUUCACCUGCAAUCCACAUUACUAUGGCAGAGACCUCAAAAGUUGACCUGUUGCAUUAUAUAGCAGCUCCGGAAAGAACUCACAAAGGAGAAAGUCUAGCCUGCCAGACAGAACCAGAGUCACAUUCUCAGGGAGUAGUCGCCCCUCAGCUGAGUGUCCCUACAACUAUUAGCCCAUACUCAACAAGUCUCCAUAUAGUAGGUGGAAAUGCACCUGACACAACCUCUGCCAGACUCCAAGGAGUUGCUAAGUUUGAGAGGAGGAAACCAGAUCCUCUGGAAAUAGGCUAUCAUCAGCAACAAAAUGAGUCUUCAUCUCGCCAUCCCCCCAAAUCUCCCCAAGUACUGUACUCCCCGGUUUCUCCAUUGUCUCCUCACCGAAUGUUGGAGACAACUUUCGCCUCCCAGGAAAAGCUUAACAAGGCCCACGUUACACCCCAGCAGAAGGCCUUCACUGCUGAAUCUCCACAACGCCAUCAGACACUUCCACGGCCCAUAAAAAGUGUGCAGCGCUCUAUGUCAGAUCCUAAACCUCUUAGCCCAACAUCAGAAGAUCCUGCCAAGAACCGGUUCUCCCCGUAUCAUCAAGUGCUGUCCAACAGUCAGAUGGCCUCCCUGCAGCAGCAGCAGAACUCUCUGAUGAGGAAAGUAAAGAGGACUCUCCCCAGCCCCCCUCCAGAGGAAGCUCCGCUUCCCAUUGUCACUCCAGCACAAAUGUACAGCUCCCCUGGCAUUCCUCAGAGGGUACUUUCAAGACCACCCCAAGGAGUCACCAAGGCUGGCCUGUUGAGCGAAUUAAAAGCGGUGGAGCAAGAGUCAUCAAAGCUCCGCAAGCAACAAGCUGAACUGGAGGAAGAAGAAAAAGAGAUUGAUGCCAAGCUGCGCUAUUUGGAGCUAGGCAUCACUCAACGUAAGGAGACCAUGGUGAAGGAGAGGGAGAGAAGAGAGUUGGCCUACAUGCGAUGUAUGGGGGAUGCUCGAGACUACAUGUCAGACAGUGAACUCAAUAACCUCAGGAUGGCUGCUGCAACAGGAACCUAUGAUGCCAAUGGUUUACUGACAAGACCUAGUACUGCACCACUGAGUCAGUUUAGUAAUGACCUCAAUGCAACAUCUCAGUAUCCCUCAACCUCGUCUUAUAUGCCAUAUCCAUACCCUCAAAGUCAACAAUCAACACAGCAGCCUGUUUCUGUUUACCAGCCAAUAGGUUUCCAAACUCCUCAAUACCCGUCAUCCUCUGCGCCGCAGCCUGGAACAUUCCAGCCCCAUCCUCCGACAGUCCCUGGGUACCAGAACCAGGGAACCUAUUCCUCCCGCUUGUAUGGCCAGUCCUCCUAUCAAACGGACUUCACCAUGCAGCAACAUGGUCACCAGGGCUUCCAUUCACCUGGUCAGCCUAUGCCAGGACAGAGCCUUCCUUAUCCUAGCCACAGUUCCUACCAGCCUGCCCUCACCUACCAACCGCAGGCAGAGAUCCUUACAGUCCAUCAAAGACCGAGGCAAACGUCUUUGGCUGACCUUGAACAAAAACUCCCCACCAAUUAUGAAAUCAUUGGUAACCCAGUAGUCUCAGUGGCCACAUCUGCUCCAGACACCAACUUUGGACCAGCUUACAGCAACGCAUAUGGACAAUAUCGCCCCCCUGAGCCUGGCCUUACUCACUCUGUGGACAGUCCCACCUCUGCUUACACUUCAGAUGGUCUUUACACGUCCAACCUGGAGCAGAAUAUUCCAAGGAAUUAUGUGAUGAUUGAUGACAUAAGUGAGUUGACAAAAGAAAAUGCUGGUCAGCCAACUGAUGCUCUUGGUCAUCCUGUAGCAGGGCGGUAUCGCAGUGAGAAUGGCUCUGCACGAGGAACUGGCUAUGAGGAGCCUGUUGAUGCUUAUGGAAGACCUACAGGAUCAGCUGGUUACCAAAGCCAAGUGGACAGUCGCACAAGCACCACAGCGAGUGGAGGCUCAUCUUAUUACUAUGAUGAUUAUAAACAUUCCUCUCGUUCUGGUGGCCACAAAAUCUCCUCCAAAAGUCUUGCUCCUGCUGUAGUCUCCUCUAAACGUAGUAAGCACAGGAAACAGGGAAUGGAGCAAAAGAUUUCCAAAUUUUCACCUAUUGAGGAAGCUCGGGAUGUGGAGUCAGAUCUUGCUUCUUACACAAUGACAACAUCAACUGCAGGCACUUGCCCAGCUGGGUCAAGAUCUAAGAAGCUUCAAGAUGAUGUUACCUAUGGAAUGAAGAAAAAUGCAUAUGAUCAACCAAAAUAUUAUGGUACUAGCCAUGAGGGUCUUGAAGAGGAUGACCACAUGUACAACUCUGGAAGGUCCAGAUCUACUGGAUACGGUAUGGACAAGAUUUCCUCCAGAGGCACUACAGGCCACCGCAGCAAAUCCUACGAAAGAGAUGCUAUGGAGCGAUCUCAUAGAAGCAGCCGUAGUGGACGUCCUCCAAUGCGAACUCAGAAUUCAGAAGAGGAGAGUCCACUUAGUCCUGUUGGGAAGCCUGUAGGUAUAGGAAGAAGCUCUGCCAUGUCGGAGGCCCACGAUGUAAGAAACCAGUACGGUUCCAGCCAUUCGUUGCCAGAUGUGCAAGACCACCACAAGAAAGAACUCCCCAGAAGUCACGUCUAUAAACCAGAUGAUCCUUAUCUCGUAGAUGACAUGCAUUGUGCUGUUUCUGAUAGUGAAGCCUAUCAUUUGGGCCAAGAGGAGACUGAUUGGUUUGAGAAACCACGUGAGGCCCGUUCUGAUCGCUCAAGACAUCAUGGGAGUGGAGGUCACUCCUCCACAGGGAGACGUAGUAAACACACGUACCAUGACUAUGAUGAGCCUCCAGAGGAAUACUGUCAACAGGAUGAGUACAACCAGUGCCACCCUUCCUCUUCAUCACGGGACCACCGCCACCACGCCAGCAACUCCGGUAGACAUAGUUCCUCUCGUCACUCCUCGGAGGACCCUAAGUCUUCACGGUCUUCCAGGACGCAACCUAAAGACCAAUCUGGUCGCACUGAUGGCAGGAUUUCCUCAUCUACACAGAGACGGAGCGGUACAGACUCUCGCUCUACACAUGGAAGCCCACGCAACUCAGGAGACUUCUCUCGUGAGUCGGUCUCCACUCAUCACCACGGCACUGGGGGACGGAACCAGAGAUCUCAAGGUGAUCGCACAACUGGUAGGAGACAAGAUCCUUCUAAGCCACAGAACCAGCAGCCACCUCAGGGACACGGUGGGCAGCAGCGAUUAGAUGGUCAGCGGCAGACUGGAAGACAUUCAGGUUCUGAACAACUUGAUGGUAGCCAGCAGGUGCAGCAGCAUCAACAGAGUGUACAACAACAGCAGCAGCCGCCGCCACAGCACAAUCAGACCCCGCAGAGUAGCCAGCAAGCUACAAAUGCUGCAUCUGGACCACCACAGCAGCAGCAGCAACAGCAACAGCAGCAGCAGCAGCAACAGCAGCAGCAGCAGCAGCAGCAGCAGCAGCAGCAGCAGCAGCAGCAGCAGCAAGCCAAACUUGGACAAGCUCCAUCACAGCAACGCCAACCAGGAGUCGGGUCUGCAGCAGGGCAGCCGGGGAAAAUGGAUGCCACGCCUGCUGCUGUUGGCCCAGGAAUGACACCUGCAACAGGAAUCGCAGCAGCCCCUCAGCCUUCCAAAAUAGCCACACCACCUCUAACUGGCAUUGGCACCAAGGCGGCUCCCAUUGGAAUUGGUAGCAAGCCUGUAGGAAUAGGAAGUGCUGCAGCAGGUCAGGCACCAGGUCCUGAAGGCGAAAACGUUCUAACCAAAAUCCUGCAGGGAGGGGCAGCAGAGCAGGCAGGAAAACUGGGAGAUGCUUUGUCUGGCUUGGGGAAAAAGUUCACCUCAUUCUGGUGAACUAAUAGAUGGGAAUGCAGAAAUGACAUAAGACUGACUGGUUGCUUUGUACUGGAAAACCUAUGAAACCACCUUACAUAUAUUUUACAUCCAAAAACAAAGAAGAAAACAAAGAAUGAUCCUGAAUGCAUCAACCUGGAAUCAAAGGAUGCCUUGUCAGCACUGAAUUCCCCAGACACUGGCUCACGAUUGAAGUGAAUUAAAUAUGGGGGAUCGCGUUGUCAGCAGGCUGUUACAAGACAUGAGAGGAGGACUGAAGAGGCCUGAAAGUAAGUGGAGGCUUUGAAAGAACUGUGGUCCCAGACUGACGAUCUUGUAGAUGUCUGGGACCUCAUUAGAACAAUGGUCAGUAAUGAGGAAGUGGUGAAGUGGAGGGAGAAAGCAACGCUGCUUUCUUUGAUCAUGCAGAGGAAUGCUCCUGCAUGGACUGCAUGGAGAAAAGGCAGUACAAUCUUCACUAACAGAGGAUGGGGGUUUAUUGGACAACUUGUCCAUGCGUGUCGCCUCUUGCAAAAGAUGCCUCACAGCGCCCUCUGCAGAGAUUUCAUUGCAACACCACUUGCCCCUGAGAAAUUCAGGUUGUAAUGGGAUUCUUGAUUCUACACUGAUGCUUUGGGAGCAUUCUCAAAAAAAAAAAAAAAAGAUUGAAUUGCAUAGGAUUUCCUUGUCUCAAAGAAACCACUCUUACCCCACGAUGACAACACGUACUUGGAACCGACGGAGCUUUUAACGACAACAACAAAGCAACUUGGAGAUUCUAUCAAAAUCCUUGAAAUGCUUCUCCACAGUACAUUCCAGUAUAAGGAGCUUGACCAGUUCUCUGAAUGUGUUUUUAAUUUCUUGUCUCUUCGUUAUGGUGUCUACAGAAUGCAUUGUGUAAAUGUGGACAUGAGAAUGCACGCACAAAUGGAAAAAAAAAGAAAAAAAAAAUCUGAAAAAAUAAGCCCAUAUCAGUCCUUUUUUCACCACUUAUAUAAGAUGCCGCUACUCGUUAGGUGUUGUUUUUUUAAAGGAAGGGACUUACUACCAGCGUGCCCAAACGUGUGAGAUUCACGCAGAUGAGAGGACCAAAUGAAAGAGUGGCCACGGCUCUUUAUCAGCCAUCACCAAGCCAUCAUUACAGACAUCCUUUUUUAUUGAUUUGUCUCAUCUUUUGUUUAUUUUUUUAUUUUGUUUUCUUGUUCUUUUGCCUGAUGAUGAAUGGAAGAGCCUUAUUCAAUUAUGUUUUUACUUGUAUACCUCAUGUUUUAAGAUGUCCACAUCAUUAUGAAUUUCUUUUUACACUGUAUACUAUUGUAUGUACAUAAAACAAAUCAGAGAUCUAUGAUGUAAAUUUGUCAUUUGUGUAUUUAAUGAGUCACUCUCCAGUGAAUUUCUUUUUUUCUUUUUUUUUUUUUUUGCUGUGUUAUUUUUUUUUUGUAAAACUUUAUAUUUUCACUUUGUAUUUGUUUGAAUCUGUUAUCGCAUCAAAUAAUUUGCUUCUUGGUUUUUAAAAGCAAUAGCAUGCAGCAAAUGGUAUAUAGCACAAGAGUAAAAAUGUGUUUUGUUUUGUUUUUCAAUUACUGAUAGGGGGUAUCAAACAAAAAGGAGUAAGAUCUGUCAGACGGUUUACAGCCACAACACCAUGCAUGACAAUGUUCAGAUAAGAGCAUGCAGACAGACGGACACACUAUAUAUUUAUCUGUUACAAGCUCAUACAUGCGUUGCACACUUUGCAAUCCCAGUUUCACUUCAGAGCCAAGGCUAAUUGAGUUUUCACCAACUAGACUUGUUAACCUCCUGCUGAUUAAUGAGGUUACCAGUUCGCUAACAAGCUGGGCCCACUGCCUGCUUUUCUGCACGACACACACAGAACAACACAGAUACAGGAGAGGAUGAAAAAGCAAUUAUCAAAGUCAAACGUUCUAUGCAAUGAGUCAUUUUGAAUCGUGGAAGUGAUUCACUCUAAAGCAGUUUAUUACCAUCGCUGUAUUCACAACAAAACAUUAGAAUCAUGAACAGAAAAUAGGUUAAAAAAGAAAAAAAACAAGAACUGAAAAUGUUUUUACCUGGAAUCUUGUCUGUAUGAAUUUGAAUACUGAGUAUUGAUCUAGACUUGUGUUUAUUUUCGUGGCAUGUUCUUAACCCUCUCACUUUCACCACACCGUGGGGAAGGGCGGGAACUCGUUGCCAAAGGGUAAACUUGCGUAGAUUGUCGGUUUUAUGAAUGUCCACCAUCGUGUUGCUUUUGAAGCAUGGGGUUUUGCUUGGCUUCAUCUGGCUGUUGUUUUUUUUAAUUUGUUUUUGGUUGUUUUGUAAUCCCUCAUUCAGUCGUCGUGCAUUUUGGCUGACCUGUUUGGCUUGCAGUGACUGUCUGUGCUGCUAUAAACCUGUAAUGCAGAUGGUCGGGCACUUCCCAUCAAUUCGUGUCAGUGUACAUAUUGAGUGUCAAUAUAACCUGUGGGGUGAAUGGAAUGCUUAUAUUGGAUAUACUUCACUGUUGACUCAACCCACACAGAAGCCAAGCCAUUUGAAAGGUGCAUGAUUAGAUUCUUCUUGAUCGUCGUGGAAAAAAUUAUAAAAGAAAGAUAAGUCAGGCAUGAUUUUAAGAAGGUUUGCCUCACUAACCUUGGCUUUAAGCAGCCAAUGAUGGGACUAUCAGUGAGUUAAAAUGUUCAGCCAGUCAUUCAGAAAUCAGGGCAUGUCAUUUGGAAACCACAAGCCUGACUGGUGGCGCUCGCUGCUCAGCAGAGCGCAGAAACAGGUUGCGUAACGGCGCCUCUCUCAAGAUGUGCGGCAGAACAAAGCAGAGGUGCAUUGUGGUCGAUAAGAGAUGAAAACAGCCUUCAGUGCAGCCACACGAAUGAGAAGAGGGGCAGACAGACACAUUCUCACAUUCCUUACUGUAAAUACAACCUCAUUCCUCUGUACAGCUUUUCAGUUUGGAGUACGGCUGCCGUGCAUCCCCAUGCCGUAUUUGCUGCCAACUUUUGUGUAUAAAAAUAUUUAUUAUGACCACAAUGAUGAUGAUGAUGAUAAUAAUGAUGACACUAAUAAUGAUGGUUAUUAUUAUUAUUGCAUAAGCCUAGUGUAAGUGGCUGACUUGUAAUGACUCUUUACAACAGUGGAACUAAACUCUUGUACAUAUCCACCCAUCCAGUGUGUGUAGAGUUUCUCUACAAAUUGUACUGAGAAAAUCUGCAGCAGGAAACCUUUGUCUGGCAAACAGAAGGUUAUCAGUUUUGAUGGAUGUGAUAUGCGAGGUGAGACGAGGGGAAAAAAGAAACUACAAAUCUGGAAAAUGUCAUUCACUGUUGUCAGCGCAAUGGGCAAAAUGUCAGUCGUGUAUCCAUUGUGAAACCCUUGUGUUCUAUUCAGUGUAUUCCUGUGAAAAGAGUACAUUUUGGUGCAUCAUGUCAAGUAAUGUGAAAAUAUUGACCCUGCAAUUUCCAAAAGGAGAAUCGAAUAAAAAGAAAAAAGUUUAUUGUGA